AUGUUCCUAAUUUUAGAAUCAACUGUCCUGGAUGAGGUCCAGUUGGUUGUGCCAUUGGAUGAUGUGCCGGAUGUACCUCUGCUGCCAGCCAUCCUUGAGGAGGUGCCAGAUGUGCCGACUAUCCUUGAGGAGGCCACUGGUAAUUGGCAGUUGAUACCGAUUAGGUUUAGCUCCCUGUACUGUGGGCCUGUUGUGAUCAGGAACAAUGCCGGUCCGGUGGCUAAAGCUUGGAGAACUUUCCAGUUCAUCAGCCCCAUUAUCACCUACAUGCGUGGGGGAUCCCAGCAGGUGGUGGUGAGGAUGCACCAUGCGAGUAGGGUUCGAGGCCUGGAGACUCAACUGGUGUGGGCCAUCUCCAAGGAGACACACAGACUUAGUCCAGAGGGCAUCCCCUACUGUGCCACCAAGGUGCAGUCCAUCUCUUGGAUCCAGUAUGUGGCUGGCAGGGUGACCCAGUAUGCGUCUCACCUCCGCCACGAGACGUCUGUGGCCGUGACGCAUGGCUGCUACCAGCAAACUGAUGUCUCGGUGGUGUACGCCACUCUCCACAUGGGGCUGGAUGGGCUGCUCUCCUCCUCGGCGUGGUCGGAGGCUGCCUCCGUCUCUACGCCCACCACUCAGCAGUUCACUGAGCCAGAGCCUGAGGGCCACAACUGCUAUGAGGGCUGGGAGGAGGACCUGCUGCCUGAGGAGAGGGAGGUUCCUCUGCUAAACCUCUACCUUACAACCAAGAGAGUGGAGGACAUCGGCCUGAGGCUCGUCUCCCUGCGCCAGGCCUUUACUACCCUGCUCGGUUCCACCCUGAGUAGGAACCAUCUGUUUGUGGCGGGAAAGGUCCUACUGGGCGCACUGGUUCAGGUCCACCAGAUGGACGAGGCCGAAUUCAUCCGUGCCUAUAACGACUUUGUGGACUACCUGAGUGACCCCUCCAAGCAGAUUGAUAUUGAGAGGGAGCUGGCUGAGGCAAAUAUCCAUCAUGUUAACCUGAUAGAUGUCCUUUUUGAGCUGGUGCUGUUUGGGAUGAUGACAGCUCAGAAAUCCCUGAUGGUGCAACCUGGUGGGUUCAUGGAGCGUCUGUACGCUCUCCUGUACUCCUUCCUGCCCACUGUUGCCAGCAUUGAGCCAAAGGCUGAGAGAUACCUGUUGCUGCUCAAUGGCGGGCUGAUGGCUCUGCUAGAUGACAUGUUUGGGCAGCAGCUGGCCUGGUAUUUUAACCGAGAGUCUCUGGUCACUGAGCUCUCCAGCCUCCUCGAGUACCACCUCGAGUACCUCAUGGCCAGCAUGUAGUCCUACUGCAGAGACC